AUGGCGUCAGAGAAGCGCGAGAUUGACGUUGUUAUAGAGAUGAUGGAAAUUUAUAUCAAUUCGAUUCUGUACAAGCGCAAACUUUAUCCUGAAGCAUUGUUUCGCAUUCGCAAGGCGUAUAACAUUCCGGUGUACAUUUCAAUCUAUAAGAACCUCAAUGUUUAUAUAGCGAACACGUUGCAAGCUGUCCGAGAGUUAUUAAGCGAACGCAAAGUUUCCAAACUAGAGGUUAUUGUUUACCAGGACCAGAGCCAUCCUAUGGAAAGUUAUGUUUUCAAAUUAAAUUACUCGCAUAUGCGGCUAGAGGAAGACGAAAACAUGCGCGUUUUUGAGGAAGAACUCCGUAAAUCGUUACUUUCCUUAGAUGCUCGAAUGAAGGAUUUGAAAGACUUGCCGGAGGAAUCCGAUGUUAAGUUUAAAAUAGUGCUACACACUACCGAAUCAGCUUUUGUUAAGAUUGGAACCGAUCCUAGAUUACAAAACUUUCCGUUUGUUAAAGAAAGCAUUGUUUCAACAGCAAAUGAAAUGGCCAAAAUCGAGCUUUUACCAGUGUUGCAGACGUCGCGUGUUGGAGUAAAUGUGUUCGUCGAAGAAUACAGUGCCUGA